CCUGACUGGGGCAAGGGCGCUGCUCUGGGCGCCUUGUCCCAGGAGAGGCUUUGAAGGAGUUCUUGCAGUGCGAGGAUUCAGUCCGCCCGCUGGAGAGUGUUUCUAAAGGGUAGCCAAGGCGAUAAGUCCAAGAUCCACGCGUGAGAAAUAACUCACAGAAAAUGCUGAAGAGGCUGGGUUUGGCCACGUGUUGGCCACAUUCCUGGUUUUGGGUGCAGCAUCCAAGUGCUGAAGUGAGAGAAUAUGCCUGUGCCAGUAUUUCCAAGCUGUUGCAGGAGCAGCAUGCAAUCCCAGCCUUUCUGCGGAGAGACGUGGUCCGUUGUUUAGGACCGUUGUUGAUGGAUUACAGUUUAGCUGUUCGCGAGACAGCUGCAGGUGCUCUCCGAAAUCUGAGUGCUUGUGGGGGAUUUGAAGUCUGUGAUGACAUGGUGUCAAAAGACAUCAUGACACCCCUUGUUGCGCUUCUGAAAGAGUGCAGCACUGGACUGGAUGCUAACCAGCUCUCUCCAGAGAAAUGCAUGGAGAUGGACAAAAACUAUAUUGAAGACAUAGCCAAUGAGGCUAUUAAUUUGCUGUGGAAUGUAUGUGAAUGCAGCAGUACCGCAGUACACAUAUUCAACAAGGAAGGAUGUCUGGAGGCUGUGUUGCAUUACAUGAAGACAUUUUCCACAAAUGUGGACCUGGCUAUUGCAGCAGCAAACUGCUUGCAGGCAGUGACAGAGGAUAAUCCAGAUCUUCUUUCUUCGUUUAAUGCUUCUGCACAACAAGUAUUGGAAACAGUGAUGUUGUGUCCGGAGAGCACAAUGAAGCACAUCUUUCUGAGAACACUAACAGCAGGCAUUAUCUGGAAUAUCAAGGGUACAAUUCCACCAGGCAGCCUGGGAAGCAUGAUUAAUGCAAUCCUGAAGAUUUUUUCAGAAUCAUUAGCAAUAGAUGCUGGUGAAACAAUUAUUCGUAUGAAAGAAGCUGAAAAAAACAGGUUAAAACUUGCUGCGGAGGCAGAAACAGAGGAAAACAUGAGUGAUGUUAAAGACAACUGUGUUUUGAGUGAAGAUUAUGACUUGGAAGAAAUACCAAAACGAAAAGUCAAAAAGGGAGAAAAUGACAUUUCAGAUUUCCUUCCACCUGAUCAACGGGAACUGAAAGAAGUGACAGCUUUACUCAUGGCUCAGCAGACUGCUCUGGAAAUCAUUGUUAAUAUGUGCUGCAGUGAAGAUCCCUCUGAUGACGAAUGGGAAGAACUCUCCAGCAGCGAUGAAAGUGACUUUAUGGAAAACUCGUACAAUGAUGGGAGUGGGCUGCUAAUGUCACCUCUGUGCCUUUCUGAUGAGGUUAACUCAGCGUUUCUGAACAAUCUCAUUCCAAAGAAGAUUCUUGAAAAAACUGCUUUUCCAAACAGUGUUGCUCUAGACAUCUGCAUGCACAAUCCGUCUUGGAAACCAUUAAUUAAAAAACUCAAUGCAGUGCAGUGUAGAGCUUUAACAUGUCUUCAGAACAUUUUGUUAGUGUCAGACAUGGAUUGUCUUGGAGGAGUUUCAUCACUUCAGUCCCUUGCACAGCAUCUCUCACAGCUAGUCUUUGCUAAAAUGGAACUCCCUUCAGACACAGAAUUCUUAGAAGCCAUAACUAGCGCUUUGAGGGCUCUCCUACAAACAAUGGCAUCAAAGAACAUCUCCCAGCAGUGUCUGACUCCUGAGCAGCUAUUGGCUUUAUGUGAAGCUGGUAUUGACAGCAGCAAUGCCAGUGUUAAAGUGAACGUAGUGAGCAUCCUUGGAAUUUCUGGCAGCAUCCUGGCAAAAGGACAAGAUACAGCUGAAACGCUAAAGGUGAUUGGAAAAUUUCUUCUUGAGGUUGCUAUGAAGGAGUCUUCUCUUGUGGUAGCAGGCGCAGCCUUGGAUGCACUUUUUGAUGUAUUUGCAGAUGGUAAAGAAGCAGAAAAGGCAGCGGUAGAGAUCAAGUUGCUUCCAGCACUGAAAGAAUUUCAGCCAGUGUUCAAAAUGAGGAUGCGAAAAGAAGGCAAAGGAAAAUAUAGUACAGAUCAGCUGUGCGUUCUUGACAACGUGAAGAUGAAUUUGAGAAGAUUCAUUGCGUAUCAGGAGACACUAGGGAAAAGCUCAACUUGCAACAACGAGGAACUUUAAACCAAGGUUUCCCUUAUUGAAUAACAUUUUCCAAAAAUAAAACUGUUUUUAACUUCUAAAAUUUAUCAAGCAGAGCAGUUUUGCUUUCAUGUUAAUAGUGCAUUUUUUUUACAUUCCGUAUUUUUAUACUUCUGGCUUGAUGCAACAUGAAAGUCACAUCAGUGUAAAAAACCCGCGUACUUUGAGAUUUAAAUGUUGACAGUGAUGAGAGCGUGCUCUUGCGGUCCUGAGGUCUGUAUAUAGCACCACUCUCCUUGUUUAGAAGUCCUCGUGUGUCCUGGUGGAAAACUAUUAAUUCUGUGAUUCUAUGAAAAAGUAAUUCAGAGAAUAUUCUCGGUUAUGUGCCAGAUCAAGAAAAAAUUUAAAAGCUCAAAUACUUUUCAGGGAAUCGAGCAGUCGCAGAAUGUUCGUAUUGACUAUUUGCUGUCACCUAUUUCUAGAAUUCACAGGCAGUUUCAGCAAACUUUCCAAGAGAAGUGUGUGACAAGUGUGUAAGUUACUGCCAGCACUUGGAUCUGUUAUUUCAUGAGGUUUAUCAAAAACUGUUUCAGGUUCAUUUAUGAUAAAUUCAGUAUGAUACCUUUCUGCUGUGGAAAUCCGUGUAAGAGGAUCCUACAUUUAUACACAGCUCCCUGUUUUUACUUUUAUAUUGAUUGGUAUUUCUGAAAAUCAAGUUUCCUGACUUACUUCCUUCCUCGUAAUUCUACAACAGGAUGAAUUUGAAUUCAGGGAAGUAGUAAACCUAAUAAAAAUGUGGUGUUUGUUUUUUGAGUUUUUUUUAUACUGAAGUAUUAUCUAACGUAACUUUUUUGAGUUUUUUUUAUACUGAAGUAUUAUCUAACGUAACUUUAUAAUUGCUUAAAAUAUCUUUCAAAUAUUUGUAAUAGAGAUUUUUAAGCUGUAAAAUACAAAAACUAUUUUCAAAAAAUGUCACUGAUUCAUGAAGCUUGUAUGUGUACUGCCAUAUAUAAGAGUUUUGAUGUUGUUUCUGUGAAUGAGAUCCUCUCAUACACAUUUUUUUAAUGGAAAAAAAUCCCACAACAUAAAAAACAUAUUUUGUUAUGCUAAUUUUUGAAAUGGAAGGGUUUUUCUCCCCCCUCUUCUCUUAACAUGCUGCCUUAGCACAGGCAUCUAGUUUUUGGCAAAAUUUUGUCCAUGAUGUUAGGCAUGGAACUACAAAGACCAAAUUUGCCCGGUUUGUUAGAUUUCAGUCUCUUAGAUUGGAAAGCAGGCUCAGGAACUGGCUGGAUAACUUGCAAAUGACUGACUUUAUGAAAUCUUGACUAUAUGGUAUUUUGUCAAAUGUAAGGGAAAGCGCAAAAUGAGCUUAAGCAGCUGUGCUGCCUAGAAGCCCGGUUACUGCUAUUGCUUCACAGGAGUUGGAUGAAAUGCGUGAUGUGAUGUGAUGCUUGCUAAUCGAAUGAGUGAGUGAGAGUGGGACUGAGAGGGCUCAAGGGCCAUUGAGCCUGGUCUGGAGAAGUCCAGGAGAAGUGAGGAGCACGGAGCAGUUGAAAGGUUAUCGUGGGAUUUGACAGGGGCCGCAGUGAAAAGGGCCGGAGUGUAACAGCUGAGGAAAAAGUAGCUAGAUGGUUUAGGGUAUAAGACUGCCCAGUGCAUGGAUUUUAAUCCUAGUGUUAGUUACACUUGCUGUACCCUGACUAUAUUAUACUAUUAGCCUGAUAUAAGGUAUUAAUAUUGUUUGGAGCACUUAAAAGGAUUCCCAUGCAGAAGGUUCUGCUUUCAUUUUCUGGGUGCUACAUUGAAUUGCAGAAUGAUCUAAGUUGCAAAGGAUGUCUGGAGGUCUCUUAGUCUAGUCCGAUGCUAAAGCAAGACUUUGGAGUCAGAAAGGUUGUGCUAGUCCUUGAGCGUAUCCAAAGAUGAAAAUCCCGUAAUUCUGGACAGCCUUUUCCAGUGCUUGACUGCCCUUGCUGUGAUACUUUUGGGUUUUUCACCCAUGCAUACCUAGUAUGACUUUCCUCUGCUGCAAAAUGCACCCCUUGUCCUUUGUGGCACACGACCACCAAGAACCUGGCUCCGUUUCCUCUUAUCACCCCAUUCGGUAGUGGAAAACAACAGUUGCAUUCCCCUCUUCUCCACGCUGAAUAAGCCCCGCUCCUUCAGCCCUUCCUUGUACAUCAUGCACUCUAGCCCUCUAACUGUCUUCGUGGCCUUCUGCUUGAUCUGCCCAACUGUGUCUUGCACUGGGGGACCUAAAACUGGACAUAUGAGAUCACUGGAUGUGAUCUCAUGAAUGCUGAAUAAAGGGAAGUAAUAAGUUUUCUUGACCCACUGGCCAUGCUUCUGCCAGUGCAGCCCGCUGUUUGUUAGCCAUCAUCACUGCAAGGGCGUACUGCUGAUUUCUCUUCAACUUAAUGUCCCCCAGGACCCUUCGGUCCUUCUCUUGGAAGCUGCACUUUGGUCAUUCAGUCAAGAGCUUGCUCUGUUUCAUGGGAUUACUCUGUCACAAGUGUAGUGCUUUGCGUUUUACAUUAAGUGUAGCAGUCAGAGUCUGGUUCCUGGAGACUGUUAAAACAAUGAGGUAUGUUAUUUUUUGUUUGGGGUUGUUUGGGUUUUUUAGGUUACUAAUGAGAAGGAACAUACCAUCUUCAAGUAUGAAUCUCAAAGUUGCAGGCAAAUAUAUGGAAGAUAGGGCAUGCACUACAAAACCUAGUUUUCUUAAUAAAAUUUAUCAGACCUUGUUUUUUUUCCUUCAUGUGAAAAGACAGACUGUCAUCUUAACCUAUUCCAGCAGUAGGAAUGUAUGUAUUCUUUUUUUUCUUUUGCUAUGCACGAAUCAGUUGAAUGUCUUAAAAAUAAUAAAAUUGUGUCGUAGUAAGAAGGGUGCGUAGCAUGAACCAUGUCACUUGCAGGAGUACGUGAUUUUUAGUAGUUAAAAUAAUUUCUUCUAUGUUCUGGCACACGUGCCAUUUCUAGCUCAUAGCUGAAAGAGAAAUGAGGACAUGAGAAGGCAUUUUGGUUGUGAGUUUUACUAAAACCCUGACAUACAAAAUCUGAAAUAAUCCUUUCUGUGGAAGACAAGGCAAGUUAUCGGUCACUUAAAGAAGUGGCAGAUCAGGGCCUAAAACCAGAUGAGAUUUUUAAGUACAAAAGAGCUAAGCUGUAAGAUUGGGGUUAUAAAAGUUGUUCUGGCACAGUUAAAGGCAGCAGCAGAAAUGAUGUGGUGUAAAUCAAAUUUGGGGGCUCUUUCGGCGUUGGUUUAUUUAAAUCGGUUUAGGGUAAGCUUAAGACAAAGACAAGUUCCUUAGCAGCCAGAAAGGCAAAGCCAGGCCUUGAAAAUACUUUGAGGGUGGCAGAAAUUGGACUGAUGUAGACAGUGUGGAGCAUAAGUAAAUAGAUGCUAAAUAGAGUUAAGUGAUCUUAAUCAGUUCAUGUAAUCACACAGAUAAGACUGGUAUCAAAACAGGUAUGUGAAAUGGAAUUUGUUUUCUUGUCCUGGUCCCUAAGACAUCAUCUGUCUGUGCUUCAAUUAAAAAUUGCAGUCCCAUGAAAGUAUGGAUUGCUGCUUCAUUUGUCUCCCUGUCUGACACCUGGCACAACAGAAUCUGGCUCUGAGUUGAGAUUUUGGUACCAAAAUAGGUGCUGAACUUAAGUCAGUCUAUGGCAUUAAGAGUGCAAGGAGGGCUGUGGGCUCCUUGCCCUGUUCAGAAGCAGUGGCACUGGUGGCAUUUGCUGCUGCUUUGGCCUCUGCAGCCUGCAAAAUGAUGUGAAGUACUUCGUACACGUCAUGCCUUGGCGUUCAGAAGGUGGCUGUAUACCACAAUGCAGUCAGCAGUUUAAGUAUUCAGGGUUUGUGGUGUGUGUUGAGGGUAAUUUUUUGCACAGGAUUUUUUUUUAAAGAUUGUCAUCUUAGAGAAACAAGAAUAACUUUAACCAGUAUUACUUGGCUUGGUUUUAUGUUUGUAUUUUGAGAGAAAAUUAAAAAAAAAAUAGAGCACGGUAAAAUUACACAAUAAGAACUGCGUUGGAGAACAAAUUAAUUUAAAAUCCAUUUGUAGUUUAAAUAUUAUAAAUGAAAUGCAUAUCUUGUGGAAUAUUAACAUAAAACAACCAGCCAAAAUGUGCAUAAACUGAAGUUCUGUUUCCUUAGUAUGUAUUUUCAGUAAAAGCAUUCCUAGAGGACUGGAUAGAAACGUCUAGCCUUACAUUUACUGUUUCAAAUUAAAAUUAAGGCAAUGGUAGUGGUAAUUGAAAAUAAUGUAAUUGUUCCUUUCUGGCACAGAUGAAUUGAGCAAACAAUCUAAAUAUGGUUUGUGUUGGACGUGCUGUUAAAACAGAUAACAUUAAGAUAAUUGGAAAACCUAAAAACUCUGACAAUCACAGCAGAUUAAGGAACUUUUAAGUUUUUCCAUGGGACUGAAACAUGGUGAGCCUUUCUGUUUGAAGAAGUUUUUAUGGAGUGGUGGAGGUUUUUUUGUCUGAUUUCCAAAUAAAUUCAAACUGUUAACUUUUGUACUUUCUGGGAAAAAUACUAUGAAUUUAAAUCAAUUCAGUCUAAUUUAAUUUUGUUUUGGUAUUAUUUUUGUGAGUUCCUUGUUUCUGACAGGCAUUUUGUCAGACAUAGCUCAAUGACCACAUAAGAACACAGUUUGAGAUGCAUGCAAAGGAUAAUAGUAAGACACUUUCCAAUCUGGGUGUCAGGAACUCCUUGCGUUACUGUUACAUGAAGGGCUUAAAUCAAACUGCUUGUGAAGAGCAAUGAGAUCCUGCUGUAAUGAUCUGUACACUGCUAGAAUGACUGUGGCUGCUAUGUGCUCUCAAAACAAUAGAGCGUCCUGAUGCAGCUGUGGGGUUGCGAGGCGCCCGCGUAAAUACCUACACUGCUUUCAAAGAUGCACUGGCGUUUCAGUAUGCCUGCUCCAGGUUUUGUGUUCCUUUGCUGACAAAAAUACUGGUGAGGAUUCUUUGUUUUCUUUCUUCUGACACGUGGGGGUAUUUUUAACUUUAAAGGAAAAUUGCAUUGGCCUCUUCCUUCCUCCCCUUUAUCUCUUGAUGGCAAGUAAAAGGCAUUUCCAGAAUUUAACUGAAAAAUGGCUGAUUCAGCUGGAAAGUGCAUGAUGUUUUUAAAUAACCCUUUCUGGGAAGUUCCCUUUUCAGUAAGUAAAAGAGUGAAAGUUCAAAAUCGUGGUAUAAAAAAAAUCAUACUGACCAUUUUGUUGGUUUGGAUGGGGGGGUGCCCUUUUAUUAUUUUGUAAUUCUCAGUAUCCCAUAGGUAUACUCUCUCAUGUAAAGCCUUUGUGGUACUACACCACCGUGUUGUGUCCUGGCUUUAUUUGCUUGGGACUAGGGUUGCUGCUGAGGAAUCCUUAAAUUAAUAAGCCUUAGUCCAACAAUAAAACUUGUUUACAUUUAUGUGCUAUGGUGUAGAACAAAUAAGUGUUUUUUGCAGGAUUAGCUUUUUAAAAAAAAAAAAAAGUUUUUUUUUCCCAUUACUUUUAUCUUUCUAAGGAUAACAUAAGACUUAUGCUCACUUUUCUGUGCUGUGUUCAAAAAAAAUAGAAGUUUAUGAAUUGCAACUUUUUGUUUGCAUCUCUGACGUAAGAGGAACAUCAGGCUAGUCAUUUCUAGUUACCUUUUUCUGGUAUGUUUAUAAUUCUCACAGUAAUGGGAGAAUGUGGGUUUUGGAAAAUAGGGUUGUUCAGGGUGUUCUCCAGUUCCAAGCUGUGCUUAAAUUCAACCAGCUUCUGUGUGGCUUUUGAUGGUAGUUUUAGAGACAGAUCCUAAUUCUCAAAGGUAAAACCAGAUUUCACCCUACAGCUUGUUCGUGUAGUUGGGUUUCUCUUGGAAUGUGCACAUCAAGCACCCUGCGACAGAACACAAGAGGGAUGAGGGCAACAUGUCCUGCUCUGGGACGGUGGAGAGAAGCCAGGACUUUAAUCCUUGGUUGUGACUAGGAGGUGGUUCUAAGACUUCUUUGCAAACUGGCUACUUCAUGCAAUAUUUGGAAUUGAAAUGCGGCUUUUUUAUUCCAAAACCUCCAUCUCUCUAAGGGAAAUCCCUUCCCAAUUCUGAAACUAUGGGAAGCUCCAGGCCCUCCAUGCAGCAUGUUGGAAACUUUCUAGCUGAUGUUAAAGAUGUUUUAAGGCUGUAGUAUGAAAACACUAAAAAUAAACCUGAACCCGACCAGAA